CCUUGUCGCAUGCGCCCAAGACUGAGUAAACACAAUGCGAUUCUGGAAUCUCUUCGCCCCAAUCACUUUGCUCCCCAUCGCCGCAGCUGAUUUCCUCGUUACCAAGGUUCAGUGGGCCCCACUUGGCGGCACCGGGGGCCUUCCUGUAGGGGUUGCGUUCAAUGCAUCCACCACAAACAAUUGCACAGCUGCCGCAGCCUUGGCCAAGCACAGCAAGACUCAAUAUAAUGAAAAAUACAUGCAGUUGCCUGUUUGCGAUCUGGUUGUUGAGAUCAGGGGUACUUCAUGGAAGGAAGUCCCUGACCAAGAAUUCGAAAACGGAACAUGCAGUCAGAUACAGGGUUACGAACAGUGCACCCCUGAUGAUUGGUCGACUCAGGUCACGAUGUUUUAUGAAUUAUUUUGCCCCUCGGCGUUGUGCGUAACGGGUUGGUUGGACUAAUUGAUGACAUGCAUCCACAUCACGUAACGUAGAUAAUUAUCAUUCUGCAGAAUGCAGUACUUGGAUCUGCGUUGCUGCGGUCAAUAAUGUAUGUCCUGCCAUCCACCCAACAAUGGCCGCAGUGUUGCAUAGCUGCCUCCAACCGUGGAUAACGAUGCAGUGCGCACUGUGCCAACUACCAUUACCAUAAUGGGCCUUCCCCCAAUUUUCAAUAAGUACACGAGUAGCAUUGGGGAG